CACUCUCGGGCAAAAAUCCCCAUAGCUCCUCAUACUGUGGUGUCUGCUCCCGCAAAAAAAAGAAAAUACUGUGGCAGAAUUUCUGCUGUGUCUCGAGGAAACUAAUGAAAUCACCUGGAUGACGGAUAAAGUUAAGGUCGGAUCCCUCGAGCCGUUCUACUUUUCUCUGUAAAAAGUUGUUUAGGGGGACUUUCUUUCAGACUGGUGGUUUUAUCCCGAAGUCCAGAUCCGGCGGAUUGCCUCUGAUCUCGAAGUUCCCAAGAUGAGCCUCGAUCCGCUGGCCGGGAAACUUUCUAUGUUGGUGGCCGUGCUGUCUGUCGGGCUGGUGGGUUGCGUGGCGGAGCUCGGCCCGGCGUCUCAGUGGUCCAAUGAAGACUACCGAAACCAGACGCUCCGUCAGCACAGGACCUGCGUGGAGAACCAGCAGUACUUGCACCAGGGACUGUGCUGCCUCAACUGUCAAGCGGGCACCUUUGUGCAGAAAGCCUGCGAAAAAGACCAAGAGCAAGGGACCUGCCUGCCCUGCGAGCACGGCCAGACCUACACGGAGCACUCCAACGGGAUGAACCGCUGCCUGCCCUGCACACACUGCCGCACAGAUGAGACUGAGACCAAGCCCUGCACCAGGACCACAGACACCAAGUGCCAGUGCAAGGCGGGCACGUUCUGUGUGCCCGAUCAGGCCUGCGAGGUCUGCAAACGCUGUGCCAAGUGUAAACCCGGGGAGGAGGAGGUGAAGAAGUGCACGCCCUUCUCUAACACCGUGUGCAGGAAACACACCGUGUCUCCCACCCAGGCCUCCCCGGCCCCUCCGACGCCGGCCCCCAGCUCUCCAGAGAACAUCGUUGUUCCUCUGGUCAUCGUACCAAUCAUCCUCUGCGUUAUUGGAUUUGUGGUGUUUUUUCUCAAGCGGCGGCCGUGUGACGGACCAUGUUCAAAGAGCCAUUGUGAUUCCAGUGAAAUUGUGAAGAUUCCCAUUGAUGAGAGUGGACCAACGCCAGAGGAAAGGCAGAAUAAUCAGAACGCAGGUCUGGAGGGGGAGGAGUCCCGCCCGGAGUCACGGCCCCUGCUGCAGGAGACCCAGGCCGGGAUGAGCAAGGCUUCCCCUCCCCUCGAGGACGAGGACCGGGGCCUGGGGGACAGUUUGCCCAACACAACCAGUUCCUCCCAAACCAGCCUGUCAGCCCUGCCCACAGCGGCGUCUUCGGGCAGCUCCCCGCAUCAGAGCCCCGCCGCCGAGAGAGUGCAGCCCACGGGCAUGGACGAUCCUCUGCAGCACCGAUUAGUGCCACUGCUCGGAUCAGAAAAGUCCCUGAGGAAGAGCUUCGACUUGUUCGAUGAGUAUCUGGACGUCCGGAUCCACAACAAGUUCUUCAGAAUGAUCGGCGUCAGCGACAACCACAUUCGGAUCGCGGAGAGCUCCCCCCCUGGCGACAAGGUGUAUGAACUGCUGAAGAACUGGAUGCAGCGGGAGGGGCUCAAGGCCGACAUCAACAAUUUGUUGGACGCCUUGCUAAGCAUGGACCAGCGGCGCUCGGCGGAGAGCAUCGCCUCCGCCGCCCUCCAGAAGGGCUACUACAAGCACGCCGACACGGCCUGAAACGCCCCACGCGGCGCGCGGAGGGGGGGGGGGCCGCAGACGACGUGAAAGUGAAGUACUUCUUGCAAGGACAACUAAAGCACACAGACACUGUUGGUGGACAUUGUCUCUGGAGAACAGGCUUACCUCUUAUUGGCUCAUACGCCAUGCAUUUGAAAGCCAGUAGUAAAAGAAAAAGAAAAAGAAAAACACAAAAAAGGGGAAGGACGAGUCAUGUUGAUCAUUGUUCUAAGAAUGUGGACUACUCGCUAAAAAAAAAAAAAAAAAAAAAAAAAAAAAAAGUGCGCGGUGACACUGAAAAAGAAAAAGCACAAAAAAAAAACGUGGUCCUUGGUAACAACAUUGCCACCAAAGACGACCACGAAUGUGUUUUUCAAAAAUUUAAAAAAAAAAUCAAAAUGUAAGGAGUAGAAUAACAUGAAGGUGUCAGCUUCCACAAGAAGAAAUGUCUGUGUUUUCUUUUUUUUUUUUU